GACACUACUCACUACAUUGGAAUGUAGAACGUACACUUUAUGAACUAUAUUAUGCCAAUUAACUGAGUUGUCCCAUGAGACUAUGGUCCUAAGCCUUCAAAUCCAGAAAACCUAUCUCGUGAGAUGUUUGCUUACAUCUAAGAAGUAUCUGUAACUGUGUCUCCGAUGUGGUUUAUUAUAUAUAUAUGGGUAUAUAUGCAUGCACACACAUAUCUGUAUGUACAUAUGCCUAUAGAUACAUCUAUCUCUGCAUACAUAUGUACCCACAUAUUCAUACCCGUACACAUAUAUGCCUAUAUAAAUAUUUGCAUAAGCACACACAUAUUUUUGGUUGUUGAUGUGAGUUUUGACAAAUGUAUAUACUUGUGUAACCACCCCUGGAAUCAUGAUAUAGAAUAUUCCAUCACUCUGUGUUCUUUUGCAGUAAGUCCUCUCCCCUCAACUCUUAACUACUGGCAACCACUGAUCUGAUUUCUGUCCCUACUGUUUUACCUUUUCCAGCUUGUCAUAGAAAUGGAAUCAUAUGCUAUAUAGUCUUUUGUGUCUGGUUUAUUUCGCUUAGCAGAAGGCUUUUGAAAUUUAUCCAUGUUGUAGUAUAUAUCAGUAGUUUGUUCCUUUUUAUUGCUAAGUAGUGUUCUCAGCCUUUAUUCAUUCACUAGUUGAUGGAUAUGUGAGUUGUUCCCAGUUUUUGGUUUUAUGUUUCAAGCUUCUACAAACAUACUCAUCCAGGUCUUUGUGUGAACAUAUGGAUAAAUACCUAGGAAUGGGAUGGCUGGGUACUGUUAUAAGUCUAUGUUAAACUUUACAAGAAACUGCUGAACUGUUUUCCAAAGUGGCUGUUCCAUUUUACAUUUCCACAAGCAGUGUAUGAAAGUUCCAGUUGCUCCACAUCCUCGCUUGCACUUUUUAAUUUCAGUAGUUGCAGCGUGUGUGUAGUGGUAUUUCAUGAUGGUUUUAAUUUGCAUUUCCCAGAAACUAGUGAUGUUGAAAGUCAGAACCAACUCGAUGGCACCUAACAACAACAGUGAUGUUGAAUGUCUUUACCUUUGCUUAUUUGAGAAGGUCAUGCUUUUACAGUCUGUUGUAUUAUAUAGAUAUUAACAAUUUUAAAAUAUUAGUGGCAUUUGAAGUGACAAUUUCUAAAAAAAAAAAAAAAAGUCAAUGAUUUGAGCAAUUACUUCCGUCCGCUAGGUCCGUACCAGACAAAAGGAGGUUGGUGUGUGGAAACUGUUAAAUUUUGGCACGGGGUGAGCCACCUGAAUGACUGAUGACCAAUCCCAGAGAGAGCACAUCUAGGACUUGAGCAUGAGGAUUGGCAGAAAGCAGAUUUCAUGGCUCCUUUGGUCUUGGGAAGACCUGCUUGGCCCUUAGCUAAACCUUGGCCCUUAUGAGAAGCCGACCUAGAUUCAGUUACAUUUUUCUGAAUGUCCCAGUAGUCACCUGGGAAGCAUUUAUUCUUAUAAAGUUGCUCAACAGUCCUUUGUGGCCAUCAUGACUGCUCAACAGCCCUUUGUGGUAGAAGCCUGCUGAACACAGAGCUCCCUCUUUGGGGACAGUUUGCCUGAAUCAGUUAAUUCAAGCUUGAAAAUUUGGUUAACACAGGCCCAGAAAUGCUACUACUCUUGAAUUCUGAGACCCUAUUUCACAUGUUCCAGCUAUCAUCUCUUAAUUAAUUAAGCUAACAUUGCCUGAGUACUCACUACACGUGCGUACUGUUUUGCAUACUAGAGAGUACAAUGAUGAAAGAAACAGGAAUGGUGCCUGCCUAAGUCAGAAUGUGGGGGGAGCCAGGCCAGAGAAAACAGGUGGCUGUGGGAGCAUCUAGGAGGGGAUCCUGACCCAGGUGUCAGCACAGGGGAGGUGAUCAGGAAAGAACUGAGGAAGUGACAGCUAGGUGGAGACCUCAGGUUGAGGAGGAGUAGUUAAGCAGGCCAACCAGGCUUCUAGAAAAGUGUUUCAGGAAGAGGAACACACCAGUGAAGUCUCAGUGGUAGGAGAGAGCCAGUAAGUAGUUCCCCAGGGCAUUGUUUAGGCAGUGGGGAGUGGUGAGAGGAGGCUGGAGUCCCGUAGGGAGCUCAUCUGGGUGGCCAAGUAAACCACUGUGAGGAUCUGACUUUAUCCUGAGGGAGGUAGGGAGCAAGGAAAAGGUUUUAAGUGAGGGAGUGGCAUUUUCAGAUAUUUGGUAUUGUAGAAUAACUUUGGUUGCUGUGUGGAAAAGGGACCUGAGGGGCACAAGACUGGAGGCAGAGAGACCAGUGACGUGGCUCUUGUGGUUAUCCAGGAGUGAAAUGAGAGUGGCUUAUUGAUUGGUGAUGAUAGUGAAGUGGGACCCUUUCCAGCCAGUAACUGGAAACGUGUAUAAGGGCAAAAGUGAGUGUGCUGCGAGCUUAGCUUUGAAAGCAUUGGGAAAUCCAGUACAUGGUACUGCCUUUUUUUUGUUUUGGUUUGUUUGUUCACUUCCUUGGAAAACUGAUGUGGAAAUGUCCCUUUGGCUUAAGUUACCUGAGGGGCUCGGGCAUUGCCAAACUCUACUUUUUGGACAGAAUUGCUCCCAGCAUUGAUUAUUGUGUCCCCAGAAAGGGGAGGGAAUUGUGCAGGAGGCCAGGGACAUGCCUUGGUGGGUGGGCAGAGCAGAACCUUCUACUGUUGCUCUGGGCUACUACUUGCUAACUUUUCUUGUAUGUCUCUGGGAAGGUCCCUGGGGCCAGAAUCUGUGUUUGAAAAACUGGAAACUCUACUUUCAGAAAAAUGCUGAUCAAGAAAACUCCUCCUGACGUUUCUCUUCUCUUCUCAUGAAGGUUCUGUAAAGGUGUGCCUUCCUUUUCUCUGAGCACUCUUCUCCCUCAGCGUUUAGGGGAGUCAAUUCUGUUCUCUGGUUUUGCCCUGGGGACCCCAACGCUAGGCCAUUCAGAUUUUGUCCUUCCUAUUUUGCCCUACCUUUCCAGAAACCCAUGAUGGAUUUGUUGAAAAUAAUGGAACAGAAAGGAAUAUUUGGACAGGAUGUAACCAUUUCUGUACAGGAGGAAACCCUUGGAAAGGAGAAAGUGAGUGGGGAGAAGGGAACUCUUAUUUCUUUGGCACUUACAGUGUGCCUUUUACUGUGCUGGGAACUUAUAUCAUCUCUAGUCCUUAAAACAACUAUGCAAGGUAGAUAUUGUGAUCCCUGUUUUAUAGACAGGAAAUUGAGGCUCAGAGAGCAUAAAGGCUUGGCCAAGACACAUAGUUGGGAAGCUGGGGCUAAUUCAUGUCUGUGUUCUUUCUACUAGGUCACUUUUUUUUUUUUUUUAAAUAGCAAAAGUGUUCCAACCUCCUCAGUGUUACCUUGGGGAUCUGAAAAGAUUCAUGUAGCUUCUAAAUCAGCCAGGUGAUUCCUAGAGAGCAGCUUCUGCAUGAGCAAGUCUAGUAAUCAUUUAUUUCAGUGUUUCUGGAAUGCAAGCUCUAUUCUAAGCCACUUAGAAACAUGCGUCUCACUAUGACAUUCUGGCUCCCAGUUGAUGUCUUCAGACAGUAAAGUGGAAUCUGAUACGUGUUGGUUUAACACUUUUUCUUUUUGGAGUGAGAAACUUUGGGGGUCUGUUUCCUCCUAGAGGUUUGCUGAGCAGGUGGUGAAGAAAUAGGUCCUAAAGCCUGCAUAUUUUAAAGGAACUCCUGAUUUGUUGGUUUUUUACUGAAUGAAGACAGAGUACACAAUGGUAGGGUCACUGUCACAUACACUGAAAAUUCCUUCCAUUCCUUCUCUAAUGCAGAAGUUUUUAAUCCAAGUGCUUGUGGCAUGGGGGGCGGGGAGGGUUAAUGCCCUACUGGAAAUUGACCUUUGCAUUGAGAUUUGAUUUAGACUCAGAGUUUGAGUCCAGUACUUGGUUUUGUACCCACAAGGAGUUACUACAUCCUUAGAUCCUUCUGCUGUUUGUUCCUUGUGUUUGUUCCUUACUCCUACCCCACCCAUAAUGAUUAACAGAGACAUUUUAUAACUAAAGCUGGUUUCUGGGAGCUGGUAAGGGUUCAGGACUACCAAGUGCUAAUGGGGCCUAGUUUUAUCCUGUGUAUCCCUCCCUUCUUCCACUUCUAAUUUUCUGUCACAUCCUUAGCUUUAAUGUUAGUAUUACCACUUAAAUAAAUAGAGCUGUUGGGCGGGCAGCUGGCACGCAUAGAGCAUUGUAUCCCCUUGUUCAUGGGAACCUCUCCCAGUAUGGUGAAACAGUCCUCCAAGGAGGCACCUGUGACACCUGACAAAGAGUAGUUAGGUCAGGUGCAGUUAGAGUCAGGCCAGAAGUGUGCACAUGUCCUGAUGGUAGGAGCUUGUCAGUUUCACAGACAAUGUGAUGAGCCUGCCAUAGCAGACUUGUAUCUUUACAGGAUAUUGUUUUCUUGCCACAUAGACACAGCACUGGGCUUGUCCUCACCACCUGGAAGCAGGUGUCAGUGGCAUUUCCUAGGUGUUUACUCACAGUCACCUAAGACAUGCUGUGGCUUUCCAGAUUAGAAACUGCUUUAUUGAUGGUGCCAUUUAUCAUUGGAAGGACUCAGCCUUGUGGCCAGAUGAAAAUUUAGUCUGCAGUAAAUUUCAGAGAAUAGCAUUACUCACUUUAGUCUCCAGGCAAAAAAUGUUAAAUGCUGUUGACAUUUUAUGUAUAUUUAUGGCCACCUAAGAUUGUUUACUGUAAAGUCUGUUUUCAUAAGUGCAUUUUUCAUUCCCAAAUGAUGACACCACUGUAGCUAAAAUGAUUAGGACCAUAACGACUAGCUCCCAGGCUACCACCAGCAAGCCUCUGGAAGCCCUGUUUCCUGGAGAAUCCUGUAGCUGGGACCCAAGAGCCCAUGAAGUUGGGGAGCAGUCAUGAUGCAGACCUGGGUGUUGGAGGUCUCAGGUGAGAGGGCUGGAGCAGUAGCCCUCAUUGAGGUAUGGCUUUGCGGUAGUAACUGACGGCGCUCUCCCCUUACUGCUUUAUCUUUCAGUUAAUGACCAGCCACAGCGUCCCUGCUGUGAGCUCCUGCCACUGCCUCCACGGGCUCCGGAGCCACACGCAGGUUGCUGUGGGCGCCGGCUGAGGUAACAUGGCUUAUUGGCCUCAGUUGAGGUUGCUGCUGUGGAAGAACCUCACUUUCAGAAGAAGACAAACGUGUCAGUUGUUGCUGGAAGUGGCAUGGCCUCUGUUUAUCUUUCUGAUCCUGAUUUCUGUUCGGCUGAGCUACCCACCCUAUGAACAACAUGAAUGCCACUUUCCAAACAAAGCCAUGCCCUCUGCAGGAACACUUCCUUGGGUUCAGGGGAUUAUCUGUAAUGCCAACAACCCGUGUUUCCGUUAUCCGACUCCUGGUGAGGCUCCUGGGGUUGUUGGAAAUUUUAACAAAUCCAUAGUGUCUCGCCUAUUCUCAGAUGCUCAGAGACUACUUUUAUAUAGCCAGAAAGACACCAGCAUGAAGGAUAUACACAAAGUUCUGAGAACAUUACGGCAGAUCGAGAAUUCCAGCUCAAAUUUGACACUUCAGGACUUCCUGGUACACAAUGAAACCUUCUCUGGAUUCCUGCAUCACAACCUCUCUCUGCCAAGGCCAACUGUGGACAAGAUGAUGAAGGCGGAUAUCAGUCUCCACAAGGUAUUUUUGCAUGGAUACCAGUUACAUUUGACCAAUCUAUGCAAUGGAUCCAAAUUAGGAGAGGUGAUUCAACUUGGUGACCAAGAAGUUUCCCAGCUUUGCAGCCUGCCAAGGGAGAAACUGGAUGCUGCAGAACAAGUACUUCGUUCCAACAUGGACGUCCUGAAGCCGAUCCUGGCAGAACUAAACUCCUCAUCUCCCUUCCCAAGCAAGGAGCUGGCUGAAGCCACAAAAACUUUGCUGGAUAGUCUUGGGACCCUGGCCCAAGAGCUCUUCACCGUGAGGAGUUGGAGUGACAUGCGGCAGGAGGUGAUGUUUCUGACCAAUGUGAACAGCUCCAGCUCCCCUACACAGAUAUACCAGGCAGUGUCCCGCAUUGUCUGUGGCCAUCCUGAGGGUGGGGGCCUGAAGAUCAAGUCCCUCAACUGGUAUGAGGACAACAACUACAAAGCCCUCUUUGGAGGCAAUGACACAGGAGAAGAUGUUGGCACCUUCUAUGACAAUUCUACAACCCCUUACUGCAACGAUUUGAUGAAGAAUUUGGAGUCCAGUCCUCUUUCCCGCAUUAUCUGGAAAGCUCUCAAGCCUCUGCUUGUAGGGAAGAUCUUAUAUACACCUGACACUCCAGCCACAAGGCAGGUUAUGGCUGAGGUGAACAAGACCUUCCAGGAGCUGGCUGUGUUCCAUGAUCUGGAAGGCAUGUGGGAAGAACUCAGCCCCAAGAUCUGGACCUUUGUGGAGAGCAGCCAAGAAAUGGACCUUAUCCGAACACUGUUGGACAGCAGAGGCAGUGACCACUUUUGGGAAGAGCGGUUAGAUGGCUUAGGGUGGACAGCCCAAGACAUUGCGGUGUUUCUGGCCAAGCACCCAGAGGAUGUUGAGGCCAUUAAUGGCUCUGUGUACACCUGGAGAGAGGCGUUCAACGAGACCAACCAGGCAAUCCAGACCAUAUCUCGCUUCAUGGAGUGUGUCAACCUGAACAAACUGGAACCAAUAGCAACAGAAGUCCGGCUCAUCAACAAGUCCAUGGAACUGCUGGAUGAGAGGAAGUUUUGGGCUGGUAUUGUGUUCACUGGAAUUACUUCGGACAGUGUUGAGCUUCCCCAUCAUGUCAAGUACAAGAUUCGAAUGGACAUUGACAAUGUGGAGAGGACUAAUAAAAUCAAGGAUGGGUACUGGGACCCGGGUCCUCGGGCUGACCCCUUUGAGGAUAUGCGAUACGUCUGGGGGGGCUUCACCUACUUGCAGGACGUGGUAGAGCAGGCCAUCAUCAGGGUGCUGACGGGCAGUGAGAAGAAAACUGGUGUCUACGUACAGCAGAUGCCCUAUCCCUGUUACGUUGAUGACAUCUUCCUGCGGGUAAUGAGCCGGUCCAUGCCCCUCUUCAUGACGCUAGCCUGGAUCUACUCAGUGGCUGUAAUCAUCAAGGGCAUCGUGUACGAGAAGGAGGCGCGACUGAAGGAGACCAUGCGCAUCAUGGGCCUGGACAGCGGCAUCCUCUGGUUUAGCUGGUUCAUCAGCAGCCUCAUCCCUCUGCUUGUGAGCGCCAGCCUGCUGGUCGUCAUCCUGAAGUUAGGAAACCUGCUGCCCUAUAGUGACCCCAGCGUGGUGUUUGUCUUCCUUUCUGUGUUCGCUGUGGUGACCAUCCUGCAGUGCUUCCUGAUCAGCACGUUCUUCUCCAGAGCCAACCUGGCAGCAGCCUGUGGGGGCAUCAUCUACUUCAUGCUGUACCUGCCGUACGUCCUGUGUGUGGCGUGGCAGGACUAUGUGGGCUUCACCCCCAAGAUCUUUGCAAGCCUGCUGUCUCCUGUGGCUUUUGGGUUUGGCUGUGAGUACUUCGCCCUUUUCGAGGAGCAGGGCACUGGCGUGCAGUGGGACAACCUGUUUGAGAGCCCUGUGGAGGGAGAUGGCUUCAACUUUACUACCUCAGUCUCCAUGAUGCUGUUUGACACUUUCAUCUAUGGGGUGAUGACAUGGUACAUUGAGGCUGUCUUUCCAGGUCAGUAUGGAAUUCCUAGGCCCUGGUAUUUUCCUUGUACUAAGUCCUAUUGGUUCGGUGAGGAAAGUGAUGAGAAGAGCCAUCCCUGUUCCAGCCAGAAGGGAAUAUCAGAAAUCUGCAUGGAGGAGGAGCCCACUCACCUGAAGCUGGGUGUGUCCAUUCAGAACCUGGUGAAGGUUUACCGAGAUGGCAUGAAGGUGGCAGUCGAUGGCCUGAGACUGAAUUUUUAUGAAGGCCAGAUCACCUCCUUCUUGGGCCACAAUGGAGCGGGAAAGACCACCACUAUGUCCAUCCUGACUGGGUUGUUCCCACCCACCUCGGGCACCGCCUAUAUCCUGGGGAAGGACAUUCGCUCAGAGAUGAGCACAAUCCGGCAGAACCUGGGGGUCUGUCCCCAGCAUAAUGUGCUGUUUGACAUGCUGACUGUCGAAGAGCACAUCUGGUUCUAUGCCCGCCUGAAAGGGCUCUCUGAGAAGCACGUGAAAGCCGAGAUGGAGCAGAUGGCUCUGGAUGUUGUCCUGCCACCCAGCAAGCUAAAAAGCAAAACAAGUCAGCUGUCAGGUGGAAUGCAGAGAAAGCUGUCUGUGGCAUUGGCCUUUGUGGGGGGAUCUAAGGUUGUCAUUCUGGAUGAGCCCACAGCUGGCGUGGACCCUUACUCCCGCAGGGGGAUAUGGGAGCUGCUGCUGAAAUAUCGACAGGGCCGCACCAUUAUUCUCUCCACACACCACAUGGAUGAAGCGGACAUUCUGGGGGACAGAAUUGCCAUCAUUUCCCAUGGGAAGCUGUGCUGUGUGGGCUCCUCCCUGUUCUUGAAGAACCAACUGGGAACAGGCUACUACCUCACUCUGGUCAAGAAAGAUGUGGACUCCUCCCUCAGUUCCUGCAGAAAUAGCAGUAGCACUGUGUCAUACCUGAAAAAGGAGGACAGUGUUUCUCAGAGCAGUUCUGACGCUGGCCUGGGCAGCGACCAUGAAAGUGACACGCUGACUAUCGAUGUCUCCGCUAUCUCCAACCUCAUCAGGAAGCAUGUGGCUGAGGCACGGCUGGUGGAAGACAUUGGGCAUGAGCUGACCUACGUGCUGCCCUAUGAAGCUGCCAAGGAGGGAGCUUUUGUGGAACUCUUCCAUGAGAUUGAUGACAGGCUCUCAGAUCUGGGCAUCUCCAGUUAUGGCAUCUCAGAGACCACCCUGGAAGAAAUAUUCCUCAAAGUGGCUGAAGAUAGUGGAGUUGAUGCUGAGACCUCAGAUGGCACCUUGCCAGCAAGACGGAAAAGACGGGCCUUUGGUGACAGGCAGAGCUGUCUUCGUCCAUUCACAGCAGAUGAUGCUGUGGAUCCCAAUGAUUCUGACAUAGACCCAGAGUCCAGAGAGACAGACCUGCUCAGCGGAAUGGACGGCAAAGGCUCCUACCAAGUAAAGGGCUGGAAACUCACACAGCAACAGUUUGUGGCCCUUUUGUGGAAGAGGCUGCUGAUUGCCAGGAGGAGUCGGAAGGGAUUCUUUGCUCAGAUUGUGCUGCCAGCUGUGUUUGUCUGCAUCGCCUUGGUGUUCAGCUUGAUCGUGCCACCCUUUGGCAAGUACCCCAGCCUGGAACUUCAACCCUGGAUGUACAGCGAGCAGUACACGUUUGUCAGUAAUGAUGCUCCUGAGGACAUCAGCACCCAGAAACUCUUGAAUGCCCUCACCAAAGACCCUGGCUUCGGAACCCGGUGUAUGGAAGGAAAUCCAAUUCCAGACAUGCCCUGCUUGGUGGGGGAAGAGGAGUGGAUCACUGCCCCAGUUCCCCAGACCAUCACGGACCUCUUCCAAAAGGGGAACUGGACGAUGGAGAACCCCUCACCUGCCUGCCAGUGUAGCAGUGACAAAAUCAAGAAGAUGCUGCCCGUGUGUCCCCCAGGGGCAGGGGGGCUGCCUCCUCCACAAAGAAGACAGAACACUGCGGACAUCCUUCAGAACCUGACGGGAAGAAACAUUUCAGAUUAUCUGGUAAAGACAUAUGUGCAGAUCAUAGCCAAAAGCUUAAAGAACAAGAUCUGGGUGAAUGAAUUUAGGUAUGGCGGGUUUUCCCUGGGUGCCAGUAAUUCUCAAGUACUUCCUCCAAGUGAAGAAGUUAAUGAUGCCAUCAAGCAAGUGAAGAAACACUUGAAGCUGGUCAAGGACAGUUCUGCAGAUCGAUUUCUCAGCAGCUUAGGAAGGUUUAUGACUGGAUUGGACACCAAAAAUAAUGUCAAGGUGUGGUUUAACAACAAGGGCUGGCAUGCCAUCAGCUCUUUCCUGAAUGUCAUCAACAAUGCCAUUCUCCGGGCCAACCUGCAGAAGGGAGAGAACCCGAGCAAAUACGGGAUUACUGCUUUUAAUCACCCUCUGAAUCUCACUAAGCAGCAGCUCUCAGAAGUGGCUCUAAUGACCACAUCGGUGGACGUCCUUGUUUCCAUCUGUGUCAUCUUUGCGAUGUCCUUCGUGCCGGCCAGCUUUGUCGUGUUCCUGAUUCAGGAGCGGGUCAGCAAAGCGAAGCACCUGCAGUUCAUCAGUGGAGUGAAGCCCGUCAUCUACUGGCUUUCCAAUUUUGUCUGGGAUAUGUGCAACUAUGUGGUCCCUGCGACAUUGGUCAUUAUCAUCUUCAUCUGCUUCCAGCAGAAGUCCUAUGUGUCCUCCACUAACCUGCCUGUGCUAGCCCUUCUACUUUUGCUGUAUGGGUGGUCAAUCACACCUCUUAUGUACCCAGCCUCCUUCGUGUUCAAGAUCCCUAGCACAGCCUAUGUGGUCCUCACCAGCGUGAACCUCUUUAUUGGGAUCAAUGGCAGUGUCGCCACUUUUGUACUGGAGCUCUUCACCAACAAUAAGCUGAAUAACAUCAAUGAUAUCCUGAAGUCUGUGUUCUUGAUCUUCCCACAUUUUUGCCUGGGACGGGGGCUCAUUGACAUGGUGAAAAACCAGGCAAUGGCUGAUGCCCUGGAAAGGUUUGGGGAGAACCGCUUUGUCUCGCCACUCUCUUGGGACUUGGUGGGACGGAACCUCUUCGCCAUGGCCGUGGAAGGGGUGGUAUUCUUCCUCAUUACUGUUCUGAUCCAGUACAGAUUCUUCAUCAGGCCCAGACCUGUAAAUACAAAGCUUCCUCCUCUGAAUGAUGAGGAUGAAGACGUGAGGCGGGAAAGACAGAGAAUUCUUGAUGGUGGAGGACAGAAUGACAUCUUGGAAAUAAAAGACUUGACUAAGUGUUUUGGACUUCUGGGAGUUAAUGGGGCUGGGAAAUCAUCAACUUUCAAGAUGUUAACUGGAGAUACCACUGUUACCAGAGGAGAUGCUUUUCUUAACAAAAAUAGUAUUUUAUCAAAUAUCGAUGAAGUACAUCAGAGCAUGGGCUAUUGCCCUCAGUUUGAUGCCAUCACAGAGCUACUGACUGGGAGAGAACAUGUGGAGUUCUUUGCUCUCUUGAGAGGAGUCCCAGAGAAGGAAGUUGGCAAGGUUGGUGAAUGGGCAAUUCGGAAACUGGGCCUUCUGAAAUACGGAGAAAAAUAUGCUGGUAACUAUAGUGGAGGCAACAAGCGCAAGCUCUCCACAGCCAUGGCUUUGAUCGGUGGGCCUCCUGUGGUGUUUCUGGAUGAACCCACCACAGGCAUGGAUCCCAAAGCCCGGAGAUUCUUGUGGAAUUGUGCCCUAAGUAUCAUCAAGGAGGGGAGAUCAGUAGUGCUUACAUCUCAUAGUAUGGAAGAAUGUGAAGCUCUUUGCACUAGGAUGGCAAUUAUGGUCAAUGGGAAGUUCAGGUGUCUUGGCAGUGUUCAGCAUCUGAAAAACAGGUUUGGAGAUGGUUAUACAAUAGUUGUACGAAUAGCAGGAACAAACCCUGACCUGAAGCCUGUCCAGGAAUUCUUUGGACUUGCCUUUCCAGGAAGUGUCCUAAAAGAGAAACACCGAAAUAUGCUACAAUACCAGCUUCCAUCUUCAUUAUCUUCUCUGGCCAGGAUAUUCAGCAUCCUCUCCCAUAGCAAAAAACGACUCCACAUAGAAGACUACUCUGUUUCUCAGACAACACUUGACCAAGUAUUUGUGAACUUUGCCAAGGACCAAAGUGAUGAUGACCACUUAAAGGACCUGUCAUUACACAAAAACCAGACAGUAGUGGAUGUUGCAGUUCUUACAUCUUUUCUGCAGGAUGAGAAAGUCAAAGAAAGUUAUGUAUGAAGAAUCCUGUUCAUACUGAGCGGCUGAAAGAAAGGAGGAACUAGACCUUCCUUUAUGCCAUGUGAAGUGUUCCAGAGGAAAGAGUCAGGAGUUUUUGUGGGAAGAAAUAAACUGGAUACUGUACUGAUACUAUUCAAUGCAAUGCAAUUCAAUGCAAUGAAAACAAAAUUCCAUUACAGGGGCAGUGCCUUUGUAGCCUAUGUCUUGUAUGGCUCUCAAGUGAAAAAGACUUGAAUUUAGUUUAUUACCUUAUACAUAUGUGAAACUCUGGUAUGGAACCCAGUGGACAUAUGGGUUCGAAAUCAUACUCUUUUUUUCCUUUGUAUUCUAACUGGGAUUGCAACAAUAAUUCAUCAAGUAAUCAUGGCCAGUGAUUAUCAAAAUCAAAAGGCAUGCACAUCCUCAUUCAUUAACUCGUGCCAUGCCAGGAGACUGGUUUCCCAGCGACACAUCCAUUGCUGGCAAUGAGUGUGCCAAAAUUACUAGUGCCAAGUUACUCAGAAAGCCUGAAGCGCCAUGGUGUGUCAUGCACACUUUUGUGAAAAUUGCUCUGCUCAGUCUGUAUCAACAUCAUUAAAUAUCAGGCAACAAAAUGGUGCCAUGUUUGGGUAAAGUCCUGCUCUGAUUUCUUCUUUGAUGGAACUGCUUUGGUGGUGGUAACAUGGAAAGUGUGGGCAUCUCUAGACACCUGAGACUUGGUUCCAUUGUCAUGUUGUCCCUUGCUUGGAGCCAUGGGUCUCCAGAGCCAUCCUUCUGGGAUGGCCAUCUUAACACAUAGAUCCUGUAAGCAAAGACUUGGCAGCCAAUUACUGGUGCUGCAAACUGCUGAGGUCAGGGCAUGGGAUUAAAGGGACAGCUGUCAAGCCUAGGGAGGCCUGUGCCCAUCUGUCCCGAUUGUCUAGUAACAUGGUACACUGCAUCUCAAGAUCUUUGUUGUUUGACACAAGUGUUGUAUUAUUUCUGGCUUUUUGAGUUAAUCUAGAAUAUCAAAAGGUAGAGCUGUAUUUUGACAAAAAUCUUUGUACUUUUAAUGUUAUUUGGAUUUUUAAGUUCUGUCAAUGACUUCUGAAACCUUAGAAUGGACUCUUAGUAGAAACUUGUAGCAUAGAGGAGUAUGGCCAUCCUACUGUACUAGCCUUAUUUUCUCAUACAAGGUUGCAGAUGGAUGGUCUGACUAGUGAAAACAAUGUUAUGGUCAAGAUUUCAUGACAGUGUUAGAUUUGAAUUUCUUUAAGGUCAUUUAAAAUAUUCUUAAUCUCAGUAUAUCAGGUAUUUUUUGAGUGUAUGCUAUAGCUGAAUGAAUAUGAAUGGUGUAGUGAGAAAUUAGGUCUUGGUAGACCUCUUGUGCCACAUUAUUCAGCUAACUGGUUUACAAAUAUAGGUUGUUUAGAUAGUUCUUGUGUGGAAGCCCACUGAAAGACUAUUGGGCAGCCAUUUAAAAAAAAAAAAAAUUGCAGAAGCCAAGAAA